AUGGCUACGUUUUUGUUUGGAUUCACUUGGGCACUCACUGCCAUUGCCGUGGUGUUGAACGUGUUUAUUUAUUUUUACCCAGACUUCAAUGAGCAACCAUCUCACUGUAAGUGGUACGCAGCUGGCACUGGCGAUAGCCCAUCACUUCUCAACACAAUAGUCACAGAUUUAUCAUCUAAGAUCCUCAAUAACCCGCUCCUGACCCCGGCAGACCUAUUUCUGCCCUCUGUACUUCAUGAUAGUGGCGAUGUGAAGGAUAUCCGCAUGCUUACGUUUGGAGAUCCGCAGAUCAACGGGAACUGGCCACUGACUAAGUACAUCAAGAGGUUGGACAACUAUGGCAACGACUACUACCUUGGCCACAUCUACAGCGUGAUGAAGAAAAGGAUGCAACCAAGCCACGUUGCCGUGAUGGGAGACUUGUUUUCCUCGCAGUGGAUCUACGAUAGUGAGUUCUACAACAGAACCUAUAGAUAUGUUACCAGGUUGUUCCCAAGACCCGAGGCCUACAAGCAAGUGGCAUUGGACACUUUCAAUAAGCACGAAAACUACGACUGGGAAAACUGGAUGAAUGAGGAGAAUGCUAUGGAUCCAGAGAAGAGAUUUAGAUCGAGAGUGUACAGCGAUGUGUAUGACUGGACUAACUUAACUGCCAAGUACCCUUUACCCUCGGGCCCAGACGUGAGAGAGCCACUUUUCAUCAACUUGACGGGGAACCAUGACAUAGGAUACUCCGGUGAUGCCACUUGGCAGCACAUGGCCAGGUUUCACUUGUUAUUUGGCCAAAACAACUAUGUCAUAAACUAUAAUAAGGGUACUCCCUAUGAAUGGAGACUUGUGGUGUUGGAUUCCUUGACUUUGGAGGGUCCUGCAUUGCAAGAAGAAUUCGUCAAGUUCACUUGGUCAUUCCUUGAAAACUUGAAAGAAAAGGAAAACCCUGGUUUCAAGGGAUCCACUGUACUCCUCACUCAUAUCCCAUUUUAUAAACCAGAAGGUUUGUGUACCGACGGGCCACAACAUAUUUACUACGUGGACAACGAAAAGGAACCUUAUAAGAACGGAAAAUUGAGAUCGCAAAACCACUUGUCCUACGAUGUUAGCCAAAAGGUUUUGGAUAUAAUAUUCCCCAACCCAGACAAAGAGGGCAUAGUGUUGACAGGACAUGACCAUGAAGGGUGCGAUAACUACUACACGAAAGAUGGCGAAUCUAAGGAGUGGAAGGCUGUCUCUAAGGUAGAACUGAAGAAGGGUGUGGUUAGAGAGAUUGUGGUUAGAUCCAUGAUGGGUGACUUCAACGGGAAUACCGGGAUAAUGACGGGAGUGUUCAACAAGGAAUCAUCCAACUGGGAAUUCCACUUCACCUUGUGCCCAUUUGUGGUUCAACACUGGUGGUGGGUUACUAAGAUUGUAACUGGGUUAACCGUUGUUCUCCAAUCAUUGUGCUAUCUUAAGAGGAACAUAUCUAUAUAG